UUCUACUUUCAGUUCACCUUAACUGAGAUGGACGUGGUCUAAUCUCCACUGAGUCAAAGAAUGGCCGCUGGCUCUGCGCUUCCCAUGGAAGAUGGACAGGUUUCCCUGGGUAUUGAUGAUCUUCACUUUUCACUGCAAGCCGAGCAGGAGGACACACAGAAGAAGACCUUCACGUGCUGGAUAAACUCGCAGUUGGCAAAGCACACACCUCCCUCGGUUAUAUCAGACUUAUUCUCAGACAUCAAGAAGGGACAUGUCCUCCUGGACCUGUUAGAAGUUCUCUCAGGACAACAGCUGCCUCGGGAUAAAGGGUCUAAUACAUUCCAGUGUAGAAUCAACAUAGAACAUGCUCUGACAUUCCUGAAAAACCGAUCGAUCAAGCUAAUAAAUAUCCAUGUUGCUGAUAUUGUAGAAGGAAACCCAUCCAUUAUUCUUGGCCUGAUUUGGACCAUCAUACUGCACUUUCAUAUUGAGGAACUUGCUCGGACUCUGUCUUGUGAUUACAAUCAACCUUCCCUGGAGGUCAUGAGUGCCCCUGAUUCAUCUCCUACCUCAAGUCCUCCGGCUAAGAAGUCCUCCAAAGUGCAGGCUCAAGCAAGAUGGCAGUUGUCUGCAAAGAAGGCCCUCCUGCAGUGGGCUCAGGAGCAGUGUGCCACGUCUGAGUCUGUCAGUGUGACAGAUUUUAAGUCAAGCUGGAGAAAUGGGAUGGCUUUUUUGGCUGUCAUUCAUGCCUUGCGACCAGACCUGAUUGACAUGGACAGCGUGAGGCACAGAUCCAGCAAAGAGAAUCUGAAAGAAGCCUUCAGGAUUGCAGAACAUGAGCUGAAGAUCCCCAAAAUGCUGGAGCCAGAAGAUGUAGAUGUUGUAAAUCCUGAUGAAAAGUCCAUCAUGACUUAUGUGGCACAGUUCCUGAAGUAUUCAAAGGAUGCCCCUGGAGCUGGAGCUUCAGAUCAGGCCAAAGCAAAGGAUGCUAUGGCAUGGCUAAUUCUUCAGAAGAAGAAACUACAGAAGAUGCAGAAGGAUUCAGCAAAUGAGACCUACUUUAACAAAUAUCACAGUCUGCUAUCCUUUAUGGAAUCAUUGAAUGAAGGAAAGGAACCCUUUGUGGACAUCCUGUCACUGAAAGGGAACAUGAAAGAGUUGAAUGAAGAUCAGUUACAAUUGAGACAAGUCUGGGACAGCCUCACACAUCAGAUUGCAGUGUGGAAAGUCCAGCUGGAUGAGGCCUUGCCUUCCCCACUCAAAGAGACAGAAGCAUGGCUCAAGGAUGUGGAGGGGCUUGUGGAGGAAGGGCUGCCAACCUCUCAGAAUUACUCUGAAGCUGUGGCUCUGGUCCAACGCAAAAUGUCUUUCUUCAAGAGUCUGAUGGGCAGCUCUGACUACCAUUCAAACAUUCUCUUGGCCUUUGACAAUCGAGAUGAGAACCACCUGCCAGUCGUGCCACCUGACAAACUGGAGGAAAUGAGAAGACGACUCAAGACCAUUUUGGGGAGAAAAUUCAUGCCACUUCUGGAGUUUCAAGGCUCCAAGUGCUCAGUUCUUGCUUUGCUAGAUGAAGCGAGGGCAAAGUUGGCGGUUUGGGAUGUCACGUAUGGGAGUGAGGAAUCUGUGGCAGUCCUUCUGGAAGACUGGCAUAAAUUUAUUGAAGAGAAAAAGUUCCUAGUUCAACUUGAUACCUCUUUUCAAAAAUGUGAAGAAAUGUAUAAGAACUUGGCCGGAGAAUGUGAGAGUGUUAAAGAGGAGUAUGUGGCUUUGGAAAAGAAUGUUCACAUGUGCAGACAACACAUACAUAACACGAAGGCCACGCUUCGAAAAGUGCUGGCAUGUUGGGCAGCUUACAAGGAAGACCUCCCCCUUCUAAAGGCAUCUUUUGAGGCGACAAGGAAGGAUCAAAUUAAAGAGAUUCCCUUUGAGACCCUUUCCCAGUGGAAUUCAAAAUAUACCUCUCUAAACGAGGUGGGAAGUUUCCUAAUUGAAGUCAGCAGUGGUGAAGUUGGAGCAUCUGUUUCUAAAGAACUGAGAAGGCUGAAUAAAAGAUGGAGAAAGUUUAUCCCAAAGACUCCACUCGAGCUGAAGCUGCCACUUAAGAAAAUUCAGGAUCAGCCCACUGGAAACAGUUGUGGAACGAUUUUAUCUGAGGAAUCAGCUAUGCCAGCCGAAUCUCUUCAAAGUCAUGAUGGGGACAUAAAGGCUGUGGAAAAACAGGAAGAUGAAGAAUCAGCUGGACGACUGAAGGUGAAUGAAGAGGUUGAGAAACUCAUUAAAGAAUUGAGAAACUGGGAGUCGGAGACCAAGUCCGUCUUGGAUCUCCUUCCACAUCAGGAUGAAGUGGAUGACUCCUCAGCAGACACCUUGCAGCAUCUGAUUGCUAAAGGCUCUAUGUACGAGGAACUUCUGGCCAGAACCGAAGAUACUCUACAGAUGGAUGUUCAAAGUGCUUCGGACCUGGGGUCCUCCCAAAAUGUCCUCAGAGCUGGGCUUCAGGCAAAGAUUCAAGACGCUAAGGAGGGAGUCCAGAUUGCCAUGGUAGAACUGUGUGCUGUUCGGAAGAACUUAGCUGAUGAGUCACCAGAACAAGACGUGAGGCAGAAAGUGGAAGAGGCAGAGAGGAGCCUUGUCUGCUACGUCACCAGAGCCCAGCAGUUGCUUGAGCGGAGGGAGCACCCUGGUGGACUCAUUUCAAAGUACAAGGAAGCAUUGGAGAUUUUUCAUACCAACAGUCUGGCCAAGUAUCUACAAGCUGUUGAAGAGCUGAAGCAUCAUGCUCCAAGUGAUGCGAAGUUGCGCCUAGAAGAGCAGUGUCGAGUCGCAUGUGCCAAGUGGGAGCCUCUCCAUCAUGAAAUUUCUUUGUAUAAACAACAACUGAAGAUAGCCAUGAAAGAAGGAAAGCUUAGAGACAAUAUUGCAAGACUUGAAAAGCAAAUAAAUAAAGAGAAGAAGCUUCUCCGCCGAGGGAAGACCAGGGGCCUCAUCCAGGAGCACGAGGCUUGCUUUUCUCCGGAAAGUGUUGUGUGCCAGCUAGAACACCACAUGGGUGUCUUGAGGGUGCUGUGCGAAGAGCUGACUUCACCAGAGAGUCAACAGGAACUAAGGAGAGCACUUGGAGAUUACGAAAAAAAGAUAGAGAGACUUGUGAAGAGUGCUUCCGAGAUUCACGCCACCCUGCAGUCCUCCCAGGCAGGCGCGCUGAAGGAGAGGGGUGCCUUGACCACAACUGAGAACGGCAGCAGGGAUGCCCACCACGAGGCACCAAUUGAGACACCAGAGAACCAGCUGUCAACUGAAAAGGUGUUAAAUGCAAUGGACCCCGUUCAGAAUUUUAGCCAGACACCAGAAUUAAAGCCUCAGCAGGAUGGAAGUGCUGUGGAGAAGGAAGGAAAGGAUUGCAGCGCACUAAGUGACUUAUGGGAGAGGUAUGAUACACGGAGAGAGAUUCUUGAACAGCACCUGCAAGACAACAAAUCCAGGCUCGAGUCUGACUUUCCUAGUGAUCGUGAUAGGAGCAGUGCUUGCCUGCAGGGUAAGCUGGCUGAUCUGCAGGUCUUAAGGGCGGACACUGAGACUUGCUGGGAUGACUUUGAAGUCACAUCUCUGAAUUUAGAAAGUCUGGUGAGCGACACGGAGAAGCCUGCACUGGCCCAGGCCAGACAUUUACUAAAGGAAAAAGAACACGCAUUUCAGAGGCGUCUGAACCCCAGAAUGGAGUCACUGGAGAUGGCCCUGCAGAUUGCAUUGCCCCUGGAGAAGGAGUGUGCUCUCCUUUGUGGACCCCGCCUGCCCUUCUGUACAGUGGCUGUCCAGGACCUGCAUCCUGUGGAGGUCGAUGGCAUCCAUCAGAACCUACGGGAUAUCCGAGAUUCCAUAGCACAGCAGAUGAGAAUAUGUGCCAAUUUAGAGGAGCCGAGUGACUCUGUACCAAGGGACUUACACACACUAGAUCAGUGUGCAAUCCAGGAUAUUGUGUUGAAAUGCAGACUCCAGUUGGAGACCAUGAACCAGAAGGUGGAGAUGAGUGAAGCUGGCCUGGAGGCUCUGGAAGACUUUUUGGCUUCUCUGAGAGCAGUGAAGCUCUCUGCUGAGCACUCUGCAGACCCGCCUACCUCCAGUGCACUGGAGGGUACUCCAGCAGUGAGAACUGUUGAGCAAGACAUUCUCCUGGUGACAGAGAAGGCCGGACCUUUGGAUGAACGCUUGAGGAUGCUCGGCAUAAACGUUAAAGAUGCCAAGGGAGGGGAGAAUACCACCUGUGAGAAACUUCUUGGUGCUUUGUCAGUAAAGUUCCCAGACUCGCAUGGUCAGAGUAAACAGGAAGGACUCACCAAGGACAAGACAUUAUUGGAUGCCUGUAGUUCCAAAAAUCAUGAGCUCUUUAAAAAUAUUCAAGACAUUCAGAAUCAGAUCAGUAAAAUUGGUCUUAAGGACCCCACUGCACCAGCUGUGAAGCAUCGGAAAAAGUCAUUACUCAGGCUAGAUAAAGACCUCGAUGGAUUAGAGGAGGAGAAGAUGCGUAUACAAAAAAUGGCUAAUUCUCUCCCGAGAUUCAAAGAUGGCAAAGAGAAAAUGGUGAUUCAGCAGUGUGAAGACACAGCAGCCUUGUGGGACAGUACGAAAACUUCUCUCGCAGAGUGCCUUGAACAGUGUGGGAGUGUCCUGGAGAUGUUAAAACAAUAUCAGAAUUUUAAAAACAACUUGACAGCUUUGAUUCAAAAAGAAGAGGCUAUCAUCUCCCAGCAGGCUUCCUACAUGGGAAGGGACAACCUGAAAAAGAAGGUAGCAGAGAUUGAAACUGUCAAAGAAGAAUUCAAUGAACAUUUAGAAGUUGUAGACAAGAUAAAUCAGAUUUGUAAAAAUCUACAAUAUCAUCUAAAUAAAAUGAAAACCUUUGAAGAGCCCCCUUUUGAAAAAGAGGCUAAUGCUAUUGUGGACAGAUGGCUGGAUAUAAAUGAGAAGACGGAAGAAUACGGUGAAAAUCUUGGGCGAGCACUGGCCUUGUGGGACAAACUUUUCAACUUAAAAACCAGCAUCGACGAGUGGGCAGAGAAGAUCCUUGGGAAGGUGGAGUCACAUGAGCUGGCUGAGGAGGACAGAAAAAGGCUGGAGGAAGAGUUAAAAGUCCAUGAAGAGCGAACUUCAGAAUUUUCCAGAAGAAUGACUGAUAUACAAUUAUUGCUUCAAAGUAAUGAGAAACCACUUGAACUACAGGUCAUGGAGUCCUCUGUCCUGAGCAAGAUGAGAGAUGUAAAAAGGUGUGUCACAGGAGAAUCCAAUAGCUACAUGCCCAGUGGGAGCACAGCGGAGCUCAGAGAGGACCUGGACCAAGCCAAGACCCAGAUGGGGAUGACUGAGUCCCUCCUUAACGCCUUGUCUCCCUGCGACAGCCUGGAGAUCUUCACAAAGCUUGAGGAAAUCCAGCAGCAGAUCCUCCAGCAGAAACACAGCAUGACAGUCCUGGAGAAUCAAAUAGGGUGUCUCACUCCAGAGCUCUCUGAAUUGAAAAGACAAUAUGCCAGUGUCAGCGAUUUAUUUAACACCAAAAAGAGUGCUCUGCAAGAUCACUUUUCUACCCUCUUGAAUGACCAGUGUAAGAACUUUAACGACUGGUUCAGCAACAUCAAAAUGAGCCUUCAGGACUGUUUUGAGCCACCAGAAACAAAACUGAGCAUGGAACAAAAGCUGCAGAAACUUUCUGAUUUCUUGACUCUUGGAGGAGGGAAUAGUAAAAUACAGCAGGUACAGACUGUUCUGCAGCACGUGAAGAUGCUCCUACCCAAAGCUCAUGUCAAAGAGCUUAACAGCUGGCUUGGCAGCCAAGAACUGGAAUUACAAAACAUGGAGUCCUCAUGCCAGGCCCGAGCUGGGGAACUGAAUGACUCCCUGCAGCAGCUCCAGAGAUUGGAUGAUGACUGCAGAAGCCUAAAUAAGUGGUUGACUAAUCAAGAAGAGAAGUGGAAAGAAAUGGAAACACCAGGAGAGAAAACGGAUCUGUUUUACCAAGCAUUAACCAGGAAGCGGGAGCAGUUUGAGACUGUGGCCCAGCUGAACGACUCUCUGAAGCAACGUGGGCUUACAGAGGUGGAGGCGACAAUCAAAGAGUCAACACACCUGAUUGAUAGAUACCAGGGUUUAUCGAGACAAUUACAGGAAAUUGAGGAAGAGGAUAAGUUAUCACCUGCCGAAGACCAGAGCUUUAAUGGUCUUGCACAUGAUGUAACUCACUGGAUAAGAGAGAUUAAAGAGUCCCUUAUGGCUUUGAAUUCAUCAGAAGGCAAAAUGCCACUCGAAGAAAGAAUCCAAAAAAUAAAGGAAAUCAUUUUACUGAAACCUGAAGGAGACGCCAAAAUCCAGAUGGUAAUGAGACAAGCUGAACACAGUGAGGCCCCAUCGGUUCAGGAGACCCUUACAGAUCUCAGCAACCAGUGGGACAAUACGCUCCAUCUGGCCAACACAUAUCUAAGCCAUCAAGAGAAGCUUGUACUAGAAGGAGAAAAGUAUUUGCAGAGUAAGGAGGCUCUGCGGCUGAUGCUCACCGAACUGAAGAGGCAGCAGGAAGCCGGCCUCGCUCUGCAACCUGGCUUGCCAGAGAAACAAGCCCAGUUAAAGAUUUGCAAGAAGUUCCUCCAGAAAGCCCAAGAUUUGACCUCCUUGCUAGAAGAGCUAAAAUCUCAGGGCAAUUACCUCUUGGAGUGCACUAAAAACCCUAGCUUCAGUGAGGAGCCCUGGCUGGAGAUAAAACAGCUGCAUGAAAGCCUUCUUCAGCAGCUCCAGGAUUCUGUGCGAAAAUUAGAGGGCCAUGUUCAAGAACACAGUUCAUACCAGAUUUGUAUCGCAGAACUAAACACCACACUGGAGGAUAUCUCCAAGGAGUUAGUCAGUCUCUGUGAUGCAUCUGAGGACCAAAUAAUGGUUGAGGACAGAAUGCAGAAAUUACAGGAACUGGAGAGUGGACUCCGUUUCCAGGGUGGCGCAUUAAAGAAGGCAUCUGCAUUAGCAAAAUCCAUCAAGCAAAAUACAUCUUCAGCAGGACAGAAGAUCAUUAAAGAUGAUAUAAAAUCACUUAAGUGUAAACAAAAGGAUUUGGAAAACAGAAUUGAAUCUGCCAAGCGGGAGAUGGAAAAUGGUCUCAACAGCAUCCUUCAAUUCAAAGGCUUGACAGAAAAACAUGCAAACUUUUCUCUGCCAGGUGGAGAGAUGCUGGCCACUUCUGAUGUGCCCGAGCCCACUCAGGAGUCUGCAGCAGCGGGCGAGCCAGAGGGAACCUGGGAAACAAACAAGAACUCAUCUGUGAAAAUGAUUUUGUCAAAACAACUUUCCCUCAACAUUCAAGAAAGCAUGCAAAACACCCAAGAUGAGUGGAAAGUCAACGAGCUGCAAAAUCAACCUUUAGAAUUGGACAUUAUGUUAAGAAAUGAACAAUUAAAAGGGAUGGAGGAAUUAUAUGCCCACUUGGAAGUGAGAAAAUCAGCCAUAGACCUUCUGAAACAAUCUCAACGUCUCAGUGAAACAGAAGGAAGAGCCUUGGUUCUGCCCACCGACAGAUCUCCAGCAAACCACGUGGGCAAUCUACUUCAGGUGCUUCUUACCUUGAAGAAAACUAAAGAAAGCCAGUAUGGCCUCCUUAAUGAUUUUCAAGACCAGCUGACUGCAGCUGAAUCCUCACUGAACGCUUUCUUGGCAGAAGUGGAAAGCCUCAAAGCAGGCUCACUAGACAGUGUAGCUUAUAUGGGCAAAAUCAAGAAGUUCCUGGGAUCAGUAGAGAAAGAAAAAGGCUGUCUGACCAAGCUUCGCGUGGAAUGGGCACAUUUAUCCAGCCUCCUGAGCGCCGAGGAUCAAAAGCUGGUGGAGGGCCAAAUGAAGCAACUUGAAUGUGGGUGGGAACUUGUGGAGCGGCUGGCUCACAGGAAGUGUUUUCAGCGAGCCACGGAACACAGUGAACUUACCUCCCUCCUGAAGAAGGCCCAGGACAUUGGGGUUUCUCUGCACCAGCAGCAACAGCGCCUCCUGCUGAGUCUAAACUCUCCACAGCAGCAGGAGGGGAGCCUGGACAUGGUUGCCCCUGCUGCUGAGAUCCACGCAAUCAAAUAUGAACUUUCUGGUUUAAAGCGGCAAGCAGAGCUUCAGAUGAAGAGACUUUGGGGAGAAAGGGAAAAGGAAACUCUGGAAGAUGCACUAAACAGUUUGAAUAAUCAACUGGAGGCACUGGAACCAUUAAGCCAGGAGGUAGAAGACCGGGUUAAGAAGUGUGACCUAAAGAACAGGAUAAAGGAGACUCUCUUAUGGGUCAAGAAUAUGUUGGCAGAGCUCAGUGUCCCCAUCGCCCUCCUCCCCGACGACAUCCUGUCUCAGAUCAGACAGUGCAAGUUACUUCAUGAUGGCAUUCUGGGUAAGCAGCAGGCAGUGGGGUUGCUGGUGGACGAGGUCAGAGGCAUCACACCCAGGCUCGCAGCAAGUAAGAACGAUGGUUUAAAUAGUGUCCUAGAGGAUUUACAGAAUCAAUACCAAGCACUGCUUUUAAAGUCAACUCAGAGGUCACAGCAACUCGAACUGAAGUUGGAAGAAAGAAGCAAAUUGUUUGCGGUAAUAGAAAAGGCUCGGCUAGUGCUUGAAGAAAGCGAAUCGCUGAUGGUUCCCACACAGGAGAAAGCCUCCACAGAAGCCGAGCUGGAGCGUCACAGAGCCAUCUUGAAGGCGUCCCAGCAGCAACUGAGAGACAUGGAGAAUGUGAUCUCAACACAUCUUCAGGAACUCACAAAUGCCUACAAGGAUGCUAAUGUGUUUGAGAGAGUAUUUCUGGAUGAUCAGUUAAAAAACCUCAAAACAAGGACCAGCCGAACACAAAGACGCAUCCAGACUAACUGUAAGGAAGUCGAACGCAAGAUCAAGAUUCACCAAGAACUUCAUGAGAAAACAGCUGUGCUUCAGAAACAGGUUGAGGGCAUCCAGCUCAGCGAACUUCUCCCACUUCAUCGAGAGCCACAGCAGGAUGCCAAAGAGCAACUCUGCCAUCUUAAAAACAAGCUGGCCGCCAUCCGAGGCAACAUCUCACAAGUGCUGACAUCUGAAGAAGUGUUUGACUCUUUAGGGCUAGGCUGGGAUGGCUCACUGCUUGAACAGUUACAGACCCAAGUGUUUGAAAGGGAAAGGGAACUGGAAGAGAAAAUUAAGCAGCUGGACACAUUUUUAAUGGCACAUGACCGGUACCAAGUGUUACUAAGUAAGAUAAAGGCAAUGAGUUUGCAAAUUAAGAAAAGGGCCAAAUCACUACUGAAAGGCCCUAAUAUGUCUCCUGAAAGCACGCUGCUCAGCACACAUAUUUUGAUUCAGAGAAUUGAAAAAGCCAAAGGCUUGCGUGAUGAGAUAAUGAAGAAAUUAAGCAAAAGUGAGGAUUUUGACGACUCGUUCAAAGAGAGUGAGAUGCUGCAACUAAAGCUAAAUGCAGAAGAACAUGCUAAGCUUCAAGAGGAUCUUGAGAACAUGCUGCUAGAAUUGCAACCAAAGGGAGUGGACAAAAAAGCUUUCCAGGACAAACUAGAAAAUUCCCUUCGUGUUUUAAAGCAAAUAAAGUCUCGGCUACAGCAGCCUUUAUGUGUACAUUUGGGGACUCAACAUAUUCAAGAUGAGAAGGAGACUUGGGAAGCACUUGGUGAGCAGGUUCGGGCAGAAAUGUGUGGUAUUGGAGCUCUGAGAGUUGCCAAGGAGCAAAGAGAAGAAAAUGCUUCCGGAACCAGUGGCAUGGAGGCAAAAUUACAGGACCUGGAAGGUCUUCAAAUGGAGCUGAGCAAAAGCAUUGAGUUACGCACAAAUGUCCUGAAUGAUGCCUAUGAAAAUGCAACCCACUAUGAGGAGACAGUCACGAGGGCAGUGGGGAUCGUCACAUCCCUGGAAGCCAUCCUUCUGUCAUACAGAGUGGAUCUUCACCAUCCCAAAGCAUCAUUGGAGCCAGCGCGCUGUAAGCAAGAGGAAUUGCAGUCCGCAGUAACGGACAUCCAGAACCUUACUGAGACCCUGGGGACUAUCUCCAGCCCUGAGGCCAAAGAGCAACUUCAGGGUACUUUGCAAGAACUAGCUUCUAAGAAUUCAGCCCUAAAGGCAGUGCUGGAGGCCCAGGAGGCAGAGGAUGGAAGGUGCCUAGAGAAUUACAAAUGCUAUAGGAAACUGAAAGAGGAAGUUUGCUCUCGGCUCAGGAAAAUGGAGACAGAUCUUGGACAGUCCAUGUCCCCAUUGCCCAGGUCUUACAAAGAAGCUUUAGCAUGGCUGGGACAGAGCAAGGCCCUAACAGCAAGUCUCCUGUCAAUCAAAGGCGACUUAGUGAACCUCCGUGGGGUCCUCAGACACCUGAGUUGCAGGUGCACAGAAAGCAGUGGUAUGUGUGUGCUCCAAGUGGCCUCUGCUCUGUGGGAGAAGUGGCUGAGCUUGCUGGACGCCGCCAGAGUAUGGCAGCUGUGGAGUGGAGAACUGAAGGGGAAGUGGAGAUUCAUCAGUGAGGAGAUUGAACGAGAAGCAAUAAUUUUAGAGAAUCUUCAAGAGGACCUCCCAGAAAUUUCCAAAACAAAGGACACAGCUCCCACAGAGGAACUCUGUCAGCUCUUGGACUCUCUAUGCCAUCACGAGGAGAGUGUAGAAAAGCAGCAGCAGCUGCUGGCCCUGCUUCUUCAGCGCAUAACGAGUAUUCAGAACAUUCCAGAAGGCACAGAGACAGUGGAAACCAUCCCGGCACUUCAAGAGAUUAGGUCCAUGCAAGAACGGUGCAACAGGCUUCUUCAGGCAGCUCAAAAGAAUAAGGACGCAGUCCAGACCGAAAUCCAGGCACGGCAUUCUUUCAUGAAGGAAAUAACUGAUGUGAAGCGUUCAUUUGAACAGAUCUCAACUUCUCUCCGAAACUUGCCACUGGAAGGGCAGCCAGAAAGGGCGGAACAGUUGGAGGAGCUGCAAAACGGUCUCCAGAAAGGCAAGCUGACUUUUGAGAACAUCAUGGAAAAAUUGCGCAUCAAGUAUUCUGAAAUGUACAGCAUAGUCCCUGCAGAGAUCGAAUCCCAGGCAGAAGAAUGCAGGAAAGUGCUAGAAGAUGCAGAUGAGAAGGUGAGCCCUGAGGUAGCAAAGAGUUCGCCAUCGUGUGGCAUGAGGAGGAGGAUAGAGGAGAUUAACAACGGGCUCCAUGGCAUUGAGGAAAUGCUGCAGCAAAAAAGCAAAAACAUUGAGGAAGCUCAAGAAAUUCAAAAGAAAAUAUGGGAUGAACUUGACCUCUGGCAUUCCAAGCUAAGUGAGCUGGACUGUGAAGUUCAGGACGUUGUUGAGCAACACCCAGGACAGGCUCAAGAAUGGAUGGAUACCUUGAUGGCUCCUUUCCAGCAGCAUCAGCAAGUAUCCCAGAGAGCAGAAUCCAGAACCUCACAGCUCAACAAGGCCACAAUGAAGAUGGAAGAAUACAAUGAUCUUCUGAAAAAUACAGAGGCGUGGAUAGAGAAAACCAGCCGUUUGCUGGCCAAUCCUGCCUGCUAUGACUCUUCAAGGACCCUGAGCCACCGUGCCAGCACCCUCCAGAUGGCUCUGGAAGAUUCUGAGCAGAAGUACAGUCUUCUACAUUCAGUUUUCACGGAUCUGGAAGACCUGUCAGUCAUUUUUGAAACGGAUGACUUAAUCCAGUCCAUCCAAGAGUUAAGUGGCCAAGUGGCAGCUUUACAGCAGCAAUUGGUGGACGCCCUGCCACACAUCCAGCAGGUGGCAGACGACGUGGUUGCGAUUGAGUCUGAAGUAAAAUCAAUGGAGAAAAAGGUUGCAAAAAUCAAAGCUAUCCUGUUAUCCAAAGAAAUAUUUGAUUUUUCACCUGAAGAACAUCUCAAGCAUGGGGAGGUCAUACUUGAAAACAUCCAUCCCAUGAAAAAAACUAUUGCUGAGAUAAUGACCUACCAAAUGGAACUGAGGCUACCUCAGACAGGAACCAAACCUCUGCCUGUGUUUCAGAGGACAAAUCAGCUCUUACAAGAUGUGAAGCUGUUGGAAAAUGUGACUCAGGAACAAAAUGAGUUAUUGAAGGUUGUCAUAAAACAGACUGCUGAAUGUGAUGGAGAAAUAGAAAAUUUGAAACAGAUAUUAAAUAAUUAUUCAGCUGAGUUCUCCCCGGAACAUCUGUCACAAAACCAAGCUGCCAGUCUGCCUUCACUACAGGGGGAGAUGGAAGGGUUGGAAGAGCAGAUUCUGAAUCUAAACCAGAAGAAGGAAGAUCUGCUGGUGGGCUUGAAGACCGCUGUACUGAACCUUCACGAACACCUGAAGAGAGAACAGCAAGAAGGAGAAGGAGAUGAGCUGUCUUCAGGCCCCUCAGAAGAGGGCGGGGCUGCCGAACGGGGUGCCUCAGACAGGAAGCUGAUCAGAACAAGCUCCAUGUCUUUCCUGCCAGUGCUGAAGGAGGAGGCAGAAGAGAGCUCCGUGAAGAGUGAAGAUGGACAUAAGAGAGCGGAGCCUUCUUCUGCACCCUCGUCUCUUCCGUGGAAGCACAGCAAGGACCUGGAGGAGGAUGGCGCAUCCUCAUCCUCCGCCACCAUCGUGCAGGAGGCAGACGGGAGAAUUAGCACCUGUGACAGUUCCAUGGCACACAUGAUUGCACCAGACUCAGGAAGCACUGAGCAAGGCCCAGAACCUUCCCCGAAGCUCAGCCAAGCAGAAGAGGGUGCCACACCUUCCAUUGAGGCUGCACCUCUGGACUUUCCACACGAACAAGGAGCUUUUGAGGCCACAGUGGAAAGAAGUAGGCCUCAGCCCACAGAAGUCCUCCAUGCCUGCAAGACCCAGGUGGCCGAGCUGGAGCUGUGGCUGCAACAAGCCAGCGUGGCGUUUGAGCCGGAAACAUUAGACACAGACAUGCAGCAGGUGGUGGAGCAGGAGCUGGCUGGGUGCCAGGCUAUGCUGACAGAGAUUGAACACAAGGUGGCUUCUUUGUUAGAUACUUGCAAAGACCAGGGCCUGGGGGACUGCAGAGCCACUCAUCAAGAGGCUGAAGCCCUUUCCUGGAAACUCAAGACUGUGAAGUGCAACUUGGAAAAGGUCCAGAUGAUGCUUCAGGAGAAGCACAGUGAGGAGCAGCAUCCUGCCACUGUCAAGCAACUGUCAGAGCCCCACCCCAUCCUCCAGCCAGCUAGCCUUUCUGAGCUUGGAUCCAUGAUAACCGAAAGACCACAGUUCAGCAAACAGAAGGAUGGUCCCCAGACACAGGUUCUGGAGUUGAAACCAUUGGAGCAGAAAGAUUUAAUCAAGUUCACAGAAUUUAAUGCUAAGAAAACAUGGCUGCAGUAUUGCCACCAGGACAAGGAUGCAAGUCAGCAGUCAGCUUCGAGCAAGGUUCCUAGCCCUGGAAAUGCAGUUCCAGAUUCAGCCUUGCCACUGCAGGGCCAAAGCGGUGAUAAAUGGCAAUAUCUUCACCAUGAACUAACUUCAAGACAAAACCCCCCGGGGCCUCAGCUCGUGGAGCCUCAGGUGGCCACAAAUACAAGUACUCUGCCCAGUGUGAGUGAGUAUAACUUUAGAUGCCCUACAGCUGAUGAACUGCAAACUUACACCACACAGCUUGAAGAUCUACGUCAAGAAGCAAACAGCCUUCAGACACAGGAAAGUAUGACAGAGGAAACAUACAUCAAUUUGGAUAAAAGAUUAUUUGAACUCUUUCUGAGCCUCAGCCGGUGUCUGGGCAGUGUGGAGGAGCUGCUGCAGAGACCUGGGCUGCUCAGGGAGGAUGCCUCUGCCCAGCAGGUGCUCUUUGAGAAACUGGCCCUGGAGCUGAAGAAGCUUUAUUUAGCUCUGGGCGACAAGACGGAUGAUCUUCUGAAAGCUGUGACUUGGCCAGGCAAGAACACCACCAUGCUGCCUGAAUGUUUCGAUGCUCUAAAAGUCAGCCUGGAGCACGCCCAGGCAAAAACCGCCAGGAAAAGCUCAUGCCUGAAGGCUGGCCUUGACCACAGCCGCAGCUAUCAGAAUGAAAUAAAGCGAUUAUACAAUCAGCUCGUCAAGAAGAAAAUGGCUCUACAGCAGUCCUUGAAUGAAAUCAGUGGACAGAGUAUUGAAGAACAGCUUCAGAAAGCAGAUAUGCAUACAAUGGAGCUGCAGCACUCUGAGAGGCAGGUUGCCAAACUUAGAAACGAAGGAGAGAGGCUCUGCUUCCCUCAUGUUUUACUCCAAGAUGUUUACAAGUUAGAGGAUGUUCUUGACAGUAUGUGGGGAAUCCUGAGAGCCAAAUACUUAGAACUCAGCAGCCCAUUCCUCUCUAAGAGUCAGCAGGAUGCCUUGCUUCAAGGCAUGGCCGAGCUAAUCAGCAUUGGAAAAGAAAAGCUUGCAACUGACCCUUUGCAACAUGCCAAGAGUAAAAUUGCUUUGCAGGCUCGAUUACAAGAUCACAAGGGAUUUUUCCGGAAGCUCGUUGCUGACAUGUUGCUGACCCAAACCUACUCGGCAAAAAUGUUUCCCCCUUCGUUACAAAAGGGAGAGAUAUUCGGGGCAGAGCAAGUUGCAGAGGUGAAAGCCUUGGAGGAAGAGGCCUGCCUGAGGGGCUCACAGCUUCAGAGCUUGCUGCAGAGAUGGGAAGAGUUUGAUGACAAUUAUGCAUCUCUUGAGAAGGACCUGGAAGUUCUUAUCUCUUCGUUGCCCUCCGUGAGUUUGGUGGAAGAAACAGAAGAACGAUUGCUGGAAAGGAUUUCCUUUUACCAGCAAAUAAAAAGAAAUAUUGAUGGAAAGCAUGCGCGGCUUUGCCAGACCUUGAAUGAAGGCAAACAGCUGGCGGCAUCUGUGAGCUGUCCUGAGCUGGAGGGCCAGAUCACAAAGCUAGAAGAGCAGUGGUUGUCCCUCAACAAGAAAAUUGACCAUGAGCUCCACAGACUGCAAACCCUUCUUAAGCAUCUACUCAGUUACAGCAGGGAUUCGGACGAGCUGACCAGGUGGCUGGAAUCUUCUCAACAAACGUUGAAUUACUGGAAAGAACAGUCCCUCAAUGUGUCUCAGGACCUGGAUACGAUCAGAAACAACAUAGACAGCUUUUUUGAAUUUUCCAAGGAAGUUGAUGAGAAAUCCUCUCUGAAGUCUGCAGUGCUGAGCACUGGGAACCAACUUCUCCACCUGAAAGAGGCAGACACGGCCACGCUGAGAGCCUCUCUAGCACAAUUCGAACAGAAGUGGACAAUGCUCAUCACUCAGCUUCCAGACAUUCAAGAGAAACUUCACCAGCUUCAGAUGGAGAAGUUGCCUUCUCGCAAUGCAAUCUCUGAGAUUAUCAGCUGGAUGAACACCAUGGAGCCUCAGGCUGCAGGUGAGGACGCUGAGCUCUGGAAGCGUUCUGCGUCCCAAGUCAAAAAUCUUCUGCAGAAGCUCAAGGGGUUCAGAAUGGAGAUGGACUACAAGCAGUGGAUAGUUGACUUUGUUAACCAGUCAUUACUUCAGCUAAGCACCUGUGAUGUAGAAAGCAAGCGCUAUGAAAGGACAGAGUUUGCGGAGCACCUGGGGGAGAUGAACCGCCAGUGGCACCGAGUGCAUGGGACCCUCAAUAGAAAGAUACAACAUUUGGAACAACUUCUGGAAAGUAUCACCGAGAAUGAAAACAAAAUUCAGAAUCUGAACAGCUGGUUGGAGGCACAGGAAGAGAAGCUGAAGAUACUCCAAAACCCUGAAAAUGCGGUCUCCAUGGAAAAGCUGCUCCUGGACUGCCAGGAUAUAGAAAACCAGCUUGCCAUGAAAUCUAAAGCUCUGGAUGAGUUGAGGCAGAGUUCGCUGACUUUGGAGGGGGGAGACAUUCCCCCGUUAGAAGACAUGGCAUCUGGAAUUGAUGAGCUGUUUCAAAAGAAGAAUAAUGUGACCAGCCAGGUCCACCAGCUCAGGGCCUCUGUGCAGUCAAUGCUGCAGGAGUGGAAGGCCUAUGACAAGCUCUACGAUGAGGCCAAUGUGAUGACAAUCCAACUCGCAUACUCCAUGGAGCACAGCAAGCCUGCAGUUUUAUCAGUGGAGGCCUUGGGCUGCCAGGUGCAGAACCUACAGGCCCUUCAGGAUGAAGCUGAGAGCAAGGAAGGGAGCUGGGAGAAACUGCAGGAGGUUGUUAGCAGACUCAAAGAUUCCUGCCCCUCCAUUGCUGGAAUAAUGGAAGAGAAAUGCCAGGACGCUCAUUCAAGGUGGACCCAGGUGAACCAAGACCUCGCAGACCAGUUGCAGGAGGCCCGGGGUCAGCUGCAGCUCUGGAAGGCUUCUCACAGCGCUCACACAGAAGCCGCAGCCUGGCUAGAGCAGCAGGAAGUGAAGUUCCAGCCACUUGCCAACAUCAAUAUGUCAGGAAACAACCUGGCAGACACCCUGCCUCUGGCCCUGCAGGACAUAAAGGAGCUGCAGCAAGAUGUACUAAAGACAAAAGAGGCCUUCCUUGAAAAUUCUACCCUCUUGGAUCAGCUGCCUUCCCCGGCAGAUCGCAGCACCCCUGGGCUCCAUUCUGGACAACUGCACUCCCUCCAGACAGCUGCCUAUUUGGAAAAGAUGCUGCUGGCAAAAUCAAAUGAAUUUGAGAUUGUUCUGGCACAGUUUAAGGAUUUUGGGGACCGCCUGACAUAUUUAAAAGAUCUUAUCAUGCACGAGGGAGAAAACUUGAGUAAACUUUACCAUGAAGAGAAGGAGGAAGUUCCUGGCUCAUUCCUGAACCAUGUGCUGGCACUGACAGCCCAGUCACCUGACAUUGAACGUUUGAAUGAAGAGAGCCUCAGGCUCCCCCUCAGUGACAUAACAAUAAAAACGCUACAAAAUGUGAACCGGCAGUGGAUCCGGACCACGGCCACGGCGCUGGAGCACUGCAGCAAACUACAGGGAAACGGGUUGAAUGAAAACUUCCUUCACUACUGUGAAAACUGGAUCCAACUUAUGGAGAAGAUAGAGGAAGCGCUUGCGGUGACUGUUGCCGAUUGCCUCCCAGCACUCCUGGAGCAACAGAAAACCUAUGAGAUGUUAGAGGCGGAAGUUUCUAUAAGCCAGACAGUUGCUGAUGCUUAUGUGGCUCAGUCCUUACAACUCCUGGACACAACAGAAACGGAGAAGAGGCCAGAAUUUGUCUCAGAAGUCUCAAAGCUGUCAGACCAAUGGCAGAACGCUGUCUGGGGUGUUCAGCAGAGGAAGCGUGACAUCGACAGGCUGGUGACACGCUGGCAGUUCUUCACCACCUCUGUGGAGGGCUUGCUCCGUUUCCUCACUGACACCGGCCACCUACUGUCUGCAGUGAAGGAACAGGACUGUCACAGCCUCUAUCAAACCAGACGCCUGAUCCACGAGCUAAAGAACAAAGAGAUCCAUAUUCAGAGGUGGCGAACCACCUACGAACUGGCCUUGGAAGCUGGGGAGAAAUUACAGGACACACCCAACCUGGACACUAAAGAGUUCAUUGACAGGCAAGCCAGUAAGCUUCAGGAGACAUGGAAGAACACUGAGCUCGGCCUGGGAGAGAUGAUCAACCAGCUCCAGAGCACUGCAGAGACCUGGGACCAGUGUGAAAAGAAAAUCAAGGAUCUGAAAAGUGGGCUUCAAAUUCUGGACGCACAAAGCAGAGCUCCCCUUCCUGAACUUCACAAGGACCUCCACAGAGAAAAGGGGCUAACUAAGGAAGUGGAGAAGUCUCUGGCUAACUGGACACACAACUUGAGAGAACUUCAAACUAUGAAGGCCGACUUGAGCCGGCGCAUCCUGGCGGAGGAUGUGACGGUUUUGAAGGAGCAGAUUGAGCUUUUGCACAGACAAUGGGAGGACCUCUGCCUGAGAGUGGCCAUCCGCAAGCAGGAGAUCGAAGACAGACUCAAUUCAUGGAUCAUGUUCAAUGAAAAAAAUAAGGAAUUAUGUGCUUGGCUGGUCCAGAUGGAAAACAAAGUUCUCCAGACAGCAGAUAUUAGCAUUGAAGAAAUGAUUGACAAGUUACAGAAGGACUGCAUGGAAGAAAUAAGCUUGUUCAGUGAGAACAAGCUUCAGCUGAAGCAGAUGGGUGACCAGCUCAUCAAGGCCAGCAGCAAGGCCAAGGCGGCGGAGAUGGAGGACAAGCUCAGCAAGAUCAACGACCGCUGGCAGCACCUUUUUGAUGUCAUUGGAUCGAGGGUGAAGAAGCUGAAGGAGACGUUUGCUUUCAUUCAGCAGUUAGACAAAAACAUGAGCAACCUUCGCACCUGGUUGGCGCGGAUCGAGUCUGAGCUCUCCAAGCCUGUUGUUUAUGAUGUCUGUGAUGACCAGGAAAUCCAGAAGAGGCUUGCUGAGCAACAGGAUCUGCAGCGAGAUAUCGAACAACACAGUGCAGGGGUAGAGUCAGUGUUCAAUAUCUGUGAUGUCCUAUUGCAUGACUCUGACGCCUGUGCCAACGAAACAGAGUGUGACUCAAUCCAGCAGACCACCAGGAGCCUGGACAGGCGCUGGAGGAACAUCUGUGCCAUGUCCAUGGAGCGGCGAAUGAAAAUUGAGGAGACCUGGCGGCUGUGGCAGAAAUUUUUAGAUGACUAUUCCCGCUUCGAGGACUGGCUCAAGUCUGCUGAGCGGACAGCAGCCUGCCCAAAUUCCUCCGAGGUGUUGUAUACAAAUGCCAAAGAGGAGCUGAAGAGGUUUGAGGCCUUUCAGCGGCAGAUUCAUGAAAGACUGACACAGCUGGAGCUCAUCAACAAACAGUACCGGCGCCUGGCUAGGGAGAACCGCACCGACACAGCCAGCAAACUGAAGCAGAUGGUACACGAGGGCAACCAGCGUUGGGACAACCUGCAGAAGCGGGUCACAGCCAUUCUACGACGACUCAGGUACUUCACCAACCAAAGGGAAGAAUUUGAGGGCACCAGGGAGAGCAUUCUGGUAUGGCUCACGGAGAUGGACCUGCAGCUGACCAAUGUGGAGCACUUCUCAGAGAGUGACGCCGAGGACAAGAUGCGCCAGCUGAACGGCUUCCAGCAGGAAAUCACGCUGAAUACCAACAAGAUCGACCAGCUCAUCGUGUUCGGGGAGCAGCUCAUUCAGAAGAGCGAGCCCCUGGAUGCCGUGCUGAUUGAAGACGAGCUGGAGGAGCUGCACCGCUACUGUCAGGAGGUGUUCGGCAGAGUGUCUCGCUUCCAUCGGCGGCUGACCUCCCACACCCCGAGCUUAGAAGAUGAGAAGGAAGCCUCUGAGAAUGAAGUGGACAUAGAAGACCCCAGGGAGGCCCAGGCUGACUCUUGGCGUAAGAGGAGAGAGAUGGAGGAGACGUCUUGUCCCCAGUCACUGUGUCACCUUGUGCCCCCGGCUCUGGGACAUGAGCGGUCUGGCUGUGAGACCCCCGUCAGUGUGGACUCUAUCCCUCUGGAGUGGGAUCACACAGGUGAUGUGGGGGGGUCGUCCUCUCACGAAGACGACGAGGAGGGCCCGUUCUACAGCGCACUGUCAGAUGUAGAAAUCCCUGAAAAUCCUGAGGCAUAUCUUAAAAUGACCACACAAUCUUUGAAAGCAUCUUCUGGUAAAUCCAUUUCUGAGGGCCAUCCGUGGCAUGUUCCUGACAACCCUUCCCAUCCCAAGCAUCACUACAAAGCAAUGGAAGGUGACAGGACUAUACCACCAGUCCCCUCAGAUGCCAGCACCCCCUACAAACCAGCCUAUGUAAAGUUGUUAUUGCGUCAAGGCAGUGAUGACGGCAAAGGAGGCCCAAGAGACUCAAAGGACAGCCUCCAGCAGGAAGAUGAACAGCUGGGCACUCUAACGGGACAGCAGCCAGGUGCCUUUGACAGAUGGGAGCUGAUUCAGGCGCAGGAGCUUCACGGCAAACUCAGAAUAAAAGAGAACGUACAACAGCUGAAUUCCGACAUCAGCAACAUCACCGCUUGGCUUGAAAAAACUGAAGCAGAGCUGGAAGCCCUGAGGCUGGCAGAGCCUCCCUCCGACAUCCAGGAAAUGGCACUCAGGGUGAAGAGACUGCAAGCGUUAUUAAAAGCCUUUGAUACCUACAAGACCUUAAUGGUCUCCGUCAACAUGAGCCACAAGGAAUCUCUGCCAAGCGAAAGCCCCGAAUCCACAGAACUCCAAAAUAGGCUCCACCAGCUGAGCCUGUCCUGGGACACAGUCCAGGGUGUGAUGGACAGCUGGAAAGGAGACUUACGACAGUCACUCAUGGAGUGCCAGGACUUCCACCAGCUGAGUCACAACUUGCUCCUGUGGCUAGCUAGCGCCGAGAGCCGAAGGCAGAAGGCACUUGGCACCAGCCCAGAGGCAGACCGCCAGGUCCUCCUGGAGUGUCGGAAAGAGCUGAUGCAAUUGGAAAGGGAGUUGGCAGACCAUCAGCCUCAAGUCAGCUCCUUGCAGGAGAUUGCCUCCAGCCUUCUCGUUAAGGGGCAUGGAGAAGACUACAUUGAGGCCGAAGAGAAGGUCCACGUAAUCGGGAAGAAACUCAAACAGUUGCGUGAGCAGGUGGCUCAAGAUCUGAUGUCCUUGCAGGGAAGCCUGAAUCCAGACCCCUCUCUGGCCAGCUUUGAUGAAGUGGACACCGGGGAACAGCCUCCAGCUACCUCUGUACCAGCAGCCUAUGCAAAGCAGUUUGGAGCAGAGAGAUCUACCGAAGAGGAAGAAGAGACAGACAACAGGAUGUCCCACCUCAAUGGCCCCGACAGCUCACAGCCCAGACGCUCCUUCCUCUCAAGGGUGAUCAGGGCAGCACUGCCCCUGCAGCUGCUGCUCCUGCUACUGUUGCUGCUGGCCUGCCUGCUGCCUGCCUCUGAAGAAGAUUACAGCUGCACGCAGGCCAACAACUUCGCCCGCUCCUUCUACCCCAUGCUGCGUUACACCAACGGGCCACCUCCCACCUAGAGGAUUCUGCCAGAUGCAGUGCCAUGCUAACAGCCUGUCGGUCACAUGUGUUCAACUUGUGACUGACUCGUAGCCUUGACAAGAUCAGGGACCUGCAGCAAAUACCUCCCUUAUCCUGUCCAAAUGGACUCUGGUGGCCCAGGACAACUCAGGCAAGAUGUCCUUCCUCUGGGACAGAGAACCAAGUACACAGCAGGACCUGGCAUUCAGACCAAGCUAGUAGAUGGGUUCCAAGAACUCUGGGAAUGGG